AUGUCUUCAGGAGCCCCAGUCACCGACAACGCGGCCAGCAACAACACCUCUGAAAUCUCCUCAAGUCCCGCAUCGCGCAAAAAGCCCACAAAAAUUGGCCAGAAUGAGAACAAUGCACUUCAAAAGAACUCUGCCCAAGCAGCGCCUUCCGACGACGAGGACGAUGAAGAGAUCCCAGAACCCAUGACGUCGGGGCCGAGAAAACGUGGUGGCCGUCGUAUUGUACCCGUUCACCAGUCCCGGAUUACCGACCGUCCGGCGAAAGUAGGCGAGAAGGACAGUUCGUUGAAGAUCAAGAUCGAGCUGGAUCUCGAGGUCGAGGUUGAGAUCUAUGCACGAGUAAAGGGAGAUAUAACAAUCGGUUUAUUGUAA